UCCACCUGAUCUCAGGUUCUUGACAUCUCAAGUAAACACCAGAGCAAAUUAUCUCCAAAUGGACCCACUGACAGUGAUGGUACUGAGUGCAUCAGAGCCAUUUGAAUAUGAGUCCUCAGAAAAUGAGUCCAAAAAAGUGUUUCACGCUACAGUGGCUACAGAGAAUAAGUUCUUUCAUGUGAAAGUUUUAGACAUCAACUUAAGAAGAAAUUUCACCAGAAACAGAAUCAUUACUAUAUCAGAUUAUGUGCAACGAGAUGGUAUCCUAGAAGUAAACGAAACCUCUACUGUAUCUAAUGCUCGUUCUAACCAAACGGUUGUGGUUCCAAACAUAAUCAUAAAUAUAGCAGUGGAACCCUUGAGGAUUUAUAUUAUUGAAAUGCUAGCUUCUGGAAUGAUUAUCAAUGGAUCAUAUAUGCUACAUAGGAAAUCACUAACAGGUCAGAGAACAAUCUAUGAAGUUCAAGAUGAUACAGGAAGCAUCAUUGAAGUGGUGGGGAAUAAAAAAUGUCAUGAUUUCCCCUGCGAAGAAGGAGAUACACUUCAAUUCUUCUUCUUUCGACUGCAAAAGAGAAGAGGCACAAUCAAACUAUAUAGUAACACACAUAGUUUUAUCCAGCACAUCUAGGACAAGAAAAGAAAGAAAGAAACACUCAAUCCAGAUGAAGAUAUGGAAACUUCAUUAGAGCCUUCCUUCUAGAACCUUUUUAAAAAUUUUAUUAGCAUUAAUUUAUAAAUUAAUUUACAUUUGUUAAUCCAUUUGAUGGGCACUUGGGCUGCUUCCAUGACUUGCCAAUUAUGAAUUGGGUUGCAAAAAACAUUCUUGUGUAAAUGUCUCUGUUGUAAAGAGAUUGUGGGUCAUCUGUACAUAUACCUAGUAGAGAAAUUACAGAAUCCAAUGGCAAGUCUACUUUUAGUUCCUUAAGUGUUCUCCAAACUUCUUUCCAGAAGGGACGUAUUAGUUUGCAUUCUUACCAACACUGCAGAAGUGUUCCCUUCUCUCCACAUCCAUGCCAACAUCUGAAGUUUUGGGAUUUUGUUAUGUGGGCUAAUCUUACUGGAGUUAGAUGAUAUCUCAAAGUGGUUUUGAUUUGCAUUUCUCUGAUGAUUAAAGAUUAUGAGCAUUU